CGCAGUUGGGUGACAGGGGCCUCUUCACCGCUCACCCUAUUCAGUGGCACGUUGUGGCUUGUGCUGUAUUAUUUUUUUUCGGCCUCAAGGGAAAGGGGCAAUCCGUGAAUAAUGGAUACCGAGGACCCGAGCCACUGUCUACACGGACGGAAGGUGCACAAAAACACGCUCGGCAAUGGAAGGCGGAUACGGGAUUGUGCCUGCCCCCUCGGGCGAACGAACAGUGAACCGUGGAAAGGUGAAAGUGGGUCUACGUCAAGCCAAAACUUUGGUCCCACUGCGAGGAGCACAUGGAUGCUGCUAGUUUUGACUUUUCAGGCAUCGAAAGACAAUUUUCUUCCAGUCCUCGUCCUCGGAUCUGAACCAGUGAGACAUUUGAUUACCACGAAAAGACACUCUUAGACGGCAUCUCUCCCCAAAACACCAUCCACAUGAGUAACUACAACAUGUCGGCGAUGCGGAAACACAACGUCACGACAUUUCCGCGUCCCCCCGUGGUGGACCGAGUCCAGAGACACAUCCAGAUCAAGUGGCAUGGCCAACUUAUAGCCGACUGCCCGCCCGGUGAGGCUUACUGGUGUCUGGAGACCCAUCACGCGCCCACUUACUUCAUCCCACCCUCCCGCGUCAGACUUCCUCUCUCGACGACUCCUCGUACCUCCUUUGACGAGUUCAGAGGUCCCAUAACCUACUACGCCAUGAUGAGCCCCAUCAACGCGGCUGACACGGUGAGCAACCGCAUCUGGUCGUUCAACGAGCCUCCAAAAGAUUUUGAGGCCAUCAAGGGCUAUCUGGCCUUCUUUGCGGGUCCUUGGGAGUGCUAUGUCGACGGCGAACGCGCCCAGUCUCCCCCGCAAGACUUCUACGGCGGGUGGGUCACGAGCGAUAUUGAAGGCAUCAACAAGGCUCCUCAUCCUUGGGGCGUUCCCCCCCCCUGGGGCCACGAGCAGUUCUAGAGGAGCAAUCAAUCGAACGAGUUCCAGGAAUCGGUGUGUCUGUUUUGAGGGGGUUUUAUGCUCAACUCUGAAGACAUAAUGGCGUCUGAGCGGUCAGCAUGUUUAGUGUCAGGCGUUUGGGGUCUGCAAAAAUAAAAAAGGGGGAGGGAGCAUUGGGGGCAUUAGGGAUCUGGCGAUUGGGUGGCAAGCAUUGAUAGACGGGGGACUUGAACAUAGAGCAGCCAGUAUUAUAUUGUACAUAAACAGGCCAUUUCCAAAUUUGUGCGUCUGGAUGGGUGAUCAAGAGAAAGAGAUCUUGCAUGUACAUACAGGACGUGAUGUUGGGAACGUGAAGAGAUCGGGGGACGGUGGUAUGGCUCAGACGUCGCGACAUCCAGCAUAUAAUAUACCUCUCUUCGGAGGACCGAGGGUCCGGGGGCCAUCAUGACAUUGU